AUGCCGAAACACACUCGCGCUCCCAGCAACCCCCAGAACCGCUACAAUCCUGGUCUUCCUGUUUCUCUUGCUCCUUCUCCUCUGUAUAACCAGCACCGGAUGACCAUGCCAUCCACAUACUACAACAUCCCUACUACUACUACCUCCUCCAUGGCCCUUCAGACCCAGGCCCAGCAGCCCACCUACGAGUCCUACACGAGCACAGCGCCGACUGUGUCGGUGCCCCCUCCGGUGCAGCACCGAGCGAGCUCGGGAGCAUGGACUCCUCAGGACGACCAGCAGCUGCUCACGGCGAGGAUGCAAGGCCUCAACUGGGGCCAGAUCCAGGCCAACUACUUUCCCACAAAGACCCCCAAUGCUUGCCGCAAGCGUCACGAGCGGUUGAUGGAGCGCAAGGGCGCUGAUGACUGGGAUAACCUGAAGCUCCAACGGCUGGCCAAGGAGUACAUGGCCAUGAGGAAGGAGAUUUGGAGUGGACUCGCCGCUCGAACAGGCGAGAAGUGGAAUGUUGUUGAGGCCAAGUGCAUGUCUAAUGGCCUCAAGAAUCUUCAAAGCGCCGCCCGCGCCGCUGCUCGCCGCGACCGUCUCGAGUCCGGCGCUCUCUCAGGGUAUGACGACGACAGCGGCAUCUCCGGCAUGGGCCUGACACCCGUUGACGAACUAGACGCAUCCUAUAGCAGCCCCGAGACAACCUCAUCGGUCGUGCACUCGGUGCCCGCCUCGGCCACCGCCUCGUUCCACCAGCUGCAGUCGCAGGCCCAGAUGGCGGCGCUCGGCAACGCCCAGUACGGCAUGGCAGCCGCAGCCGCCGCCGCGUACGGAGGCGGCUACGGGGGACACGGGUACUCGUCGAGCGUGAGCUCCAGUGCCAGCGCCGGCCAUGGGUAUGCAGCUCAUGCUGGGAAUGGGCACAGCCAGGGCAACAGCCCGCAGCAGUAUUUGACGACACAACGACCCCAGAGCUCAGAUAUGGGCAUUGGGAAUCUCAUCAACCGACCACGAGCCAAUAUCUAA